GAAAAUUUUUGCACAGUUUUAUAACUUUUAUUCAUUUUUUUGUCCGAAAACUCAACUUCAAGCACGACAUUCUCGCUGUUAGAUUUAUUAUAACACAGUUAUCGCAUAAUAAAUUUGGAAAAAAAAUUAUCAAUCCGGUCUCCGCACUGUUUUUGGUUAACCCUUUGGCUCGGUUACUUUUUUCGGGAGUGGCGUUAGCACCUAAUGAGUAGUUACAUCGAUUGGUCGAUGGUUGAAGUCCUGUGCAUCGUGCACGAACCCUUCGAAGAUUUCUUCGCAAAACUUACUUUGUUAAAAGGAAUCCUUGUUUAUUUUAUCGAAAGCUGGAAUAUUUCAGUUUCUUUGUGAUCAUAAAGCAACCAUGAGCAAGGUCUGCAGUCGCGAUGCCAAAACUCCCAGUGGUGCUUCUGCUAAAUCUUCUUCCGGAGAUCCCCGUCUAACAGAAUGGAAGAAUUUUUUUCUGGACAGCGGCAUCCCAGAGCAUGCAGCAUCGGAGUAUGCUGGCAUUUUCGUCAAAGAGCGUAUCAACUGGGCCAUUCUGAAGAAUCUCGACAAGGGUUACCUCACCGAUAUGGGCAUAAAUACCAUCGGUGACCAGAUAUCUAUCCUCCAGGCCGCGAAGCGCUACAGCGGCGAGCAGUAUGCUCCGGGCAGCGCAGCCGUGUCCACGUCAGUUCCCAAGAGUUUCACUUUGGCGCCUUUGCGAAUGGACACAGAGGAAGCUUUGCCUUCACGCACUGUCUCCUCAACGGCGAAACCUGUGGAGAACAGCAGACAUAAACCCGAUAUAAGUUUCGUGGGCAAGAUAACUGCCCCGGAACCUCCUGUGACCAUUAGGACUGGUAAAAGCGAAGUUUCAUCAACGGCGCCACUCCGCUCUAUUGUUAAAACUACGGGAGAUUCCAGAGGAACAGUAAUACUUGUCCGUUCUAAGCGCCCUGUAGAAGAGGAUGAUAAGGAACGCGCAAUCGUGAAGCGACUUUCCGCUCUCCCACCAAAGCAAGUGCGGGCUCAAUCGCCACAGGAAGUUAUGUUCAACGUCCGACUUGGAGCUGGUCCUAGUGCCAAGCGGGAUGUGUUCUCACGGUUAACCCCAAAGGGCGUCAAGACAUCCGGCAAUACAAACUUGGUUCACGUCUUGGAGUCGAAGAUGUCCCGACUCAGCACCGCCGCUCCUGUCCAAACUGAGCGAGAUAAGCCCGUGGUGGCUACUUUGGUAUCGGACGCCAUGGAGACUUCCGCGUCACCCUCUAUUUUUAACCGCCUGGGUUCAGGCGACAGCAAUGUCCGCAGUCGUAUUGGUCUCACAACAGCGCAAGUGCCGGCUGUCUCGCGGUCCAGUUCAUCAUCUUCGACUGUAUUCAGUCGUUUAGGUUUUGCUGCCGGUAAUGGUCGAAGCCAGAACGGUGCAGCACUGCCUCCAGGCGAUUUAAGGCAGCGUUUGAAUGUGAAGGAUCGGCUGGGAGUGCGUAGAUAAAGGAUUUUGUACGUAUCGUUCGUUGUAUCAGUAAUUAAUUAAGCUUCUCUCAUUUUAGUAAGUUUCGUGGCUUGUUUUAUUGUUCGAAUAUGUGUUAGGAGUGAUUUUUCUCGUUAACACUGUGUAAGGAAUUCAAAGCUACUGGUGCUUUGAGAGUUGGGUUGUAUACUGUCUCUGCAUUUCCAUAACUAAUUUGGAGCCCUGAAAAUCAGAAGGGUGUCUUAUAUGGAUGCCGAGUGUUGAAGUCGCGCCUACUAAUACGGUGACCGCACUUCUGAGUGGCACUGAUUGUACCUUUGUUACUUAAUAAUAAGCUGCGAUUUUAUUGCGAUUCUGCUGCAACAAGCUUCUUCUAAUAUGCUGCACAUUUCCCAGUUUUCUUGGAGACAGUGUGAACUACAUGGGUUGAAAUGCCUUAAUUUACCGUGGACGAAA